AUGUCCACACCUGAGCCUCAUGAGCACAUUGAUGUCUGCGAGGACGACGGUGAGAUCGGGAAAAUGGAUAUCGACGACUCCAAGGACACACAUUUAUUCACGAAGGUGGACCAACCGUACCAGGUGGUCCAGCAUCGUGGCAAACGCAAGGAGCGGACGCGCACAGCACCGAAAACCCUGGAGGACUUCGCGACACCGAGCUUUUUUGACGUCCUCCAACGCAACAACGGAGGUUUUCGGGUCGUGCAGAGGAGGGAAAAGCAGGAUAUCGUCACUUUUGUCCCCACCUUUCAACGUCAAUUCUUGUCAGAGGAGGACCGCAAGGAAUGCAUCACGACGUACCAACAAGUUGGAAAUGCACUAUGCUUUGACGUUGAGACAAUGUCAAUUGAGCGCCUACACGAAAUUCUUGAGACGUUCAUUCAACAGCUGCACCACGAAGAGGUCGAGGAUAUAGAUCGCACCGUUAGCGACGCAGCAGCGGACACCCUCAACGAUCUCACGGGGUAUAUUUCCAAGGGUCAGGGAGACAAAGUCUGGACCCAGCUACAAAUGAAACACCUCUCAGCAAACAUCGUAUUGCAUACCAUGGCGACAGAGGACCCAACAACGUUGAGUCGCUGA